GCGAUUUCGGUGGCGCUUACAAGUUGCCAAAGUCCAAGUUAUGGCCAUCAAAGCAGCGGAGAUCGCGCCGGCCGCCUACUCGGAGGGCGCGCGCAGCAGCGUCGUCGCCAAGGCCGACGAUCUGAGCUACGACCUCGGCAACCUUGCUGCCUUCGACACGCACCCGUUCAGUGUCAAGAACGCAUCGGACGAGAAGGAGCUCAAGGCGAGCGCGCGCGACAACGUCCAGCUGCUCAUCAACCAGAUCUUUGAGCUGCCGCGUCAGAUGACUGACAUGGGCCCGAUGGCGCAGCUGCCGACGGGCACGACGGUCAUUCCGCGUGAGAAGCCGCUGCCCAAGCCCAAGCCGGAGACGCGCUGGGAAAAGUAUGCGCGCGAGAAGGGCGUCGACAACAAGAAGAAGGACCGCAUGGUCUGGGACGAAGCCAAGCAGGCGUGGGCGCCGCGCUGGGGCUACAAGCGCGCGAACGACGACAUGCAGGACUGGGCGGUGCCCGUCAAGAAGAACGACGACCCGUUCGCCGACCCGUGGACCGAACGCAAGCAGGCCAAGAACGAGCGCGUGCAGAAGAACCUGCGCAACCAGGCCGCCAACGUCAAGCGCGCCGGUGGCAUGCAGCCGUCGGUGCCGGUGCCCAAGGCGACGCCGGUCGGCAUUCCCGUCGAGAUGCUCAACACGUCCGACAAGAAGAUGAAGCAGCGCGGCAAGGAGGGCACGAAGGCGGCGCUUCAGAAGGUUCAGUUCUCGACCGCGUCCAUGGGAAAGUUCGACAAGAUGCGCACGGGCGAGGCGGAGCGCAAGCAGACGGGCAAGCGCAACAAGUUUUUGAGCGUCACGGGCGCCGAGAAGACGGAGAAGGAGCGCUCGAUGCAUGUGCUCAACCACGUGCUUGGCCGCGAAGAGAACAAGGGCAAGGCCAAGGCCUCGACCGGCGAGGACGACCCGGCAAAGACGAAGAAGCGCAAGCUCAAGAACGUCACCAAGGGUCACGCCAAGCGGGCCAAGACCAAGAGAUAGAGGAGCCCCACAUGACGUACAAAUUAACGGCGACGACGAUGACGGCGUCGGAUUAUAUAACACACAAUUACAAUUUUCGUCCCCUA